AUGAAUCCGCUAUCUGGUCGGUCGUAUGGUUUCAGAUAUGUUACCCUCAUAAACUCGGGUAAAGUGUUGAAUGGACGUUUCGAGUCAGGCAUGGGUAUUGCAAUCCCUGAUGAUCUCCUAAAGGAGUUAGAAGAUUUGAAAUAUCACACGAACGGACCUUGGACGGUGGCUCACACAGCCGAUGAGACUGAGGUAUUCAACGUCACCGUGUGCUAUAUCAGCCAGAAUCUGCCUCACAAGUUCAAUGUUAUCAUGUCUGGGAAGCCCUUGUCAUCGGAACCUAGAUUCUUGACAGAAUUAUCAAGCCUUACAGUCAUAAGAAACGAUACAAGUAUUCUCAGACAACUUGGCGUUGGCGUCUCUCCAGACAACACCACAGGGCGCGGCACCUUAGAUCUCCAAGUUCGCUCAGGACCAAAUCUUUGGAUGGAGCUUGACGGAGAAGUAUCCAUACAGUCUGCGUACCUAGAGCUCUGGGUUAGACUGAUCGAGUUUUCCACUCUUGGUGGCUGGGACCUUGCAGGUAACAUUGUGUACAAGGACAUUACUACUAAUGUCAUUUGGGCAACCCAUCCAGGGCAUGCAGCUAUGUUCCAGAGAAUCCUCCAUGAGACUGGCAAUCUAGCACUAGCUUUGCAAGCAAUUAUGUUCUACAUUUAUUAG